AUGAUCCACAGACGUCCAACAAUCGACAUCCAUCAUCUCAACAGCAGGCUACGGCACCGGAGAUCCACCAAACAUAGCCAAGGGGAGGGCCGGGACACGAGCUCGAGUGAGUCUCUGUUGAAAAUCACACCUGUCCAGGUGGCUUACACUGCCAGUCCGAGGGACAGGAGAAGGAGCAAUGGGGAGAGGAGGGUAAAGACAUUCUACUGUUGGGGCCCAAUGAAUGACAGAGCAGGGCUUGGGUCAGGAACCAGCACUGAUGGCUCGAAGCGAAACGGUAGCAGCACACCGGUGGACAUCCACUCUGACGCCAGCGAUCUAUCCGACCAAGAGAAAGGGGGCGCCCAGGCCCACGAGUGGGUCACGCCCGCAGUGGCGCUCCGGUUGAGGCCUGAACCUUUCGACCUGGACCAUGACUUGCACUUCCCGGCGUCGUCGGAGGCCCAGUCUCCAUUUGCGGAGGUGCUCCCCGCACCUCUGGAAGUGCUGGAUCUGACCCGGAGUCUGCCCAGCACGGCCGAGUGGGAAAGUCGCCAGAGCCUGCACAUGCGAGAGCCUUCAUUGGCUGCCAUCGUAAGCAGACUAUCUGAGAUGGAGGAUCUGCAGGCGGCCACAGUACAGCGAGAGCUGACCAAAACGGGCCGGUGUCGGCCGGCCACGGCCGUCAGCUUGACCAGGAGCACUUCUCGCUUGAGGAAAGCAGAUUUUCCGGGAUCCAAACCGGUAUUUGUGCCAACUGGAGUGUACGGUUCAGUUGUGUCCAGUUUUACGGAACUGAGCCUGUCUCGCGACUCGCGCCCUAGGCAGACUUGUGCUCCUUACAAACAGAACCACAUCAGGGUGGGCUCAAGGCCACAUACGGUCUUUAAAAGGCCCCGUUCCAGCUCAGCCAAACUAAGCAGGACAGAGACCCUUGUCCAGGUCCAGUCUUGGGGUGAGGGAUCGACACCAAAACCUACAGGUUGCACCAAAAUCAGAAAAGCCAAAGCUAACAAGAAAGGCACAUUGAGCUCCCACAGAGUGUCACCACCGAACUCUGCAAAGAAAACUAAAGCCAGGGACUUGAGAAAGGCUUAA